UCCGAGCCAGUAGGUGACAUUGUCAUCUUUAGUUGUUGAACACUUCCUGUUAGAAAACGACAAAGAAGCCAACGAGCCAAUCAGGUUGAAGCUUACUGAAACCAGUUGCAGCCUGGUCUUUUUUCCUUCCACGUGCAUCCGGUGAACGUGAGGAAGUAUUAACACUGAGGAUGUUUUUAUCAACGGACAAUGGCGGGUGUGUGGAAAAGGACUAAGGUGUCUUCAUGUGGUCUUUUAAGCAACCACCGAUAUUUGUGCAAAAAGGCCAUGAUGUUUCGUGCCAUGGACAGCACGAGAGUGUGCAAGAAACCCCAGCGGAAGCCGAUAAAUGACAACUUGAAGAGGAAAAGAACAGACAGCCGUUCUGAGCCACAGGACGCCGAAGUGUCCAACCAUCAGAAGUGUCAAAAUAAAAGCCCUGCCGCGCACGUAACUGAGAGUCCACAGGAAGUCUCUGUGCCGAGGGACACGUGGGAGAUGGACAGCGGCUUCUCCGAGUCCAGCGCCAGGAGCUCGCCGAGUCCGACUGCUGUGGUGGCAUUGGACUGCGAGAUGGUGGGCACGGGACCCCACGGGCGCUUCAACGAGCUUGCCCGCUGCAGCAUUCUAAAUUACCACGGCGACGUCCUUUUCGAUAAGUACGUGAAGCCGUGUCGCCCCGUCACCAACUUCAGGACACGCUGGAGCGGCAUCCAGCGACACCAUUUAAAAGACGCCAUGCCCUUUGCUCAGGCCAAAGAGGAGAUCCUGAGCAUUCUUGAGGACAAAGUGGUGGUGGGACACGCUGUCUCCAACGACUUUGACGUGUUGGGCAUCGUCCAUCCAGCUCACAUGGUCAGGGACACGGUGACCACGCGUUACCUCGCCUGUUUAGCCGGCUUUCCUCGCCCACGUGGCUCCUCCCUGAAGGUCAUGGCCAAUAAGCUCCUCAACAGACGCAUCCAGGUGGGGAAGAGAGGCCACUGCUCGGUGGAGGACGCCCGGGCCUCCUUGGACCUUUACAAGCUGGUGGAGGACAAGUGGGAGGGGCAUCUGCAGAGCGUACAGAGGGGGGAAGACCACAACCGGCCCAACAUGGCCGCUUCCAUGGAGGAAUUCAUGCAGGACCAGUACUGGCCUCAACACCUGACUGCUGACUGCCAGGGGGCGGAGCUUGUUGGAGAUGCAGACUAAUGACUUUUGAAGCUCAGCGGCAAACGCAUAAUAAAUUAUUACUUGACUUGGAUAUGCGCUCGUUCGGUGCCUCUUUACCUUUGACCUCAUCAGGACCAGAUGACCGCACACAAACCGGAAGUGUUUUUGUCCACACAGCUGCUAGCAGUCUUCUUGAUUGCUCAUCUUCAAUGCCUUCAAUAAAAGACAUGUCAUCAAUACAUAUAUUUUCAAUACAAUACAAUGUCAACAAAUGUUGGCAGACAUAAAAAUGCUCACUUUCUUUGUCAGAUUUGUUUACUUCCUUUUCAACUUUUCUUUUUCAUUUGUAUAUUUUCCCCUCAUAAAAACAAUACUAAAAAUACCAACACCCCCUCCUAAUGCCACCAAAAUUGUAAUCUUGCAUCUUUUGAUUUCAUGUAAUGACUAUUUGGGGAAAAACAUGACUUCUCUCCUAUAUAUGAGUUUUUUUGCCUAAAAGAUAUAAAUAUCAAGUCACUUGUCCUUUUUUUCAACUUAUUAAAUAUUUUUGUAAACUGAUAUCUUAAAUUGUCUUUGCCCCAUUUAAUAAAAAAUAACCUUCAAUAUUUUAAAAUAUAUGCAAUAUUAAUGUUUUUGUUGUUGUAAUACUAAAAAAAAGUAUCUUGCCUUUAUUCACUCAAUUUUAAGAUAUUUUAACGCAAAUGUAAAAUCUUUUUUUUUCCAAAAUGUGGCUUCACUAUAAUAGUUAACCUGUUAGAAAAAAAUAUUUCAUACACAUUACAGUCCCUCGCCACAUUGUGUUCAAAAUAUUGCGGCUUCACCACAUCGGGGAUUGUUAAAAGCAUAUUCUAAAAAUUGGUCUAAAGUAUUUUCCAGCAAAAAAAAAGGCUGAAUAAAAUAAAAAAUAUAUUAAUAUUACAGUAGUAUUGGUCACUAGAUUAGAGCAAACCAAUCACAGCGCGUCGUUCAGUAUGGUAGCCACUGAUUGGCUCAGCCUCAGGCAACGUUACCAUAUUGGAUUUAAUGAGUGUAAAGGUGACUUUGGGGGUGUUAUUUCAUAGCUAGAUGUAUAAAAAAUGUAUUAAGAUCAUAAACAUUUGUCAAAGCUCCAGCAUAACAAUAUUUGAUUUACUUUGUAGAAAUUCAUUCAUCACAGUCAUGUCCGGAACCAAUUAUCAGUAAUCAAUCAAAGUUUAUUUAUACAGCCCUAAAUCACAAGUGUCUCAAAGGGCUGCACAAGCCACAUCGACAUCCUCGACUCAGAUCCCACAUCAGGGCAAGGAAAAACUCAACCCAAUGGGAUACAAUGAGAAACCUUGGACCGCAGCUGAAGCCAGUAUAGGCGUAAUAUGAUCAAACUUUCUUGUUCUUGUCAAAAGUCUAGCAGCCACAUUUUGUACCAAAUGUAAUCUUUUAAUGCUAGACAAGGAGGCCCGGAAAUAUGUUACAGUAAUCGAGAUGAGACGUAACGAACGCAUGAAUAAUGAUCUCAGCGUCGCUGGUGGACAAAAUGGAACGAAUUUUAGUGAUAUUACGGAGAUGAAAGAAGGCCGUUUUAGUAACACUCUUAAUGUGUGACUCAAACGAGACGAGUUGGGUCGAAGAUAAUACCCAGAUUCUUUACCGAGUCGCCUUGUGUAAUUGUUUGGUUGUCAAAUGUUAAGGUGGUAUUAUUAAAUAGGUGUUGUCUAGUAAUAAACGAGGGAUGACUGUGUUUAACUUAAGUGUAGUAAUUUUUAAUCUAGCAUUUUUACUAUAUACUCCUUUCACAUUUUUAAGUAUAUGUACUAUAUGAGUAUAUAGUACAUGUGUAGUAUAUGAAUGUACAGUAUUUACCAGACUUGGGCAAAUUAAGGCCCGGGGGCCGCGCGUUAAGCUUUUCAAUCUGGCCCGCCGGACCUUCCCAAAUAUUUGUUUUAGAUCUUUAAGAUGGAAACUAGCUGCCAUUAUGAUGUUUAAAUUACUGUACGUCUUGAACUAUGCAAAGUAUUUCAAUGGUUGGAAUCUGUGCUUUUGCAUGAUUGAUUGAAACUUUUAUUAGUGGAUUGCACAGUCCCUCCCCCCCUGAUUGUAAAUAAUAUAAAUAAUUCAAUGUGAUUAUCUUAUGUGAUGACUGUAUUAUGAUGAUAGUAUAUAUGAUAGUAUAUAUCUGUAUCAUGAAUCAAUUUAAGUGGACCCCGACUUAAACAAGUUGAAAAACUUAUUCGGGUGUUACCAUUUAGUGGUCAAUUGUACGGAAUAUGUACUUCACUGUGCAACCUACUAAUAAAAGUCUCAAUCAAUCACUCAAAAGUACAUAUUCCGUACAAUUGACCACUAAAUGGCAACACCCGUGACCCGAAUACGUUUUUCAACUUGUUUAAGUCGGGGUCCUUGUUAAUCAAUUCAUGGUAAACUAGUUACUAUGGUAAUCUAAGUGAUGAGCACCAAGCAGUGUGGGUGGGGAGCGUUUCCACAGAGUGUUUCCAGAGCGGCCAGCCUGAAAUGCGGUUGUCGGGGACAGACGCUGAAGGAGAUUUUUACAACAAAGUUCUAAAGCUUAGUGAUAUAUCAGAUGUAUCAGAUUGUAGGUGUUUUUUUUUUUAUCCUUCCCAUUCAUAUAUCGCUGUGUUUUGUUGCAUUUUUGUUGCGUUUCGCUUGAUUGUAAAAUAUGUCCAUUGGGGGGGUGUGACAUUCAUAUGUUGUCAAUAUUCAGUGUUUUAUCAUUCAUAGUUACUAUUGUAAAUCCCACAUUCUUUAUUUUCAUGUACAUCCUCAUUCAGUAAAAACAAUGUAAAAUUCCAA